AAUCACUAAAUGUCUAAGUAAGCAUCGAACUGCUGUGUUGCAGAUGAAGUGCAUAGCCAGAAUUUGAUGUUCGUAAUCACAACGGUUCUAUAUUUGUUGCAGGUGCAAAACUCUGGAGGAGGCUGCCCCAAACACCGUGGUGACAUUUAACUGUAAAGGAGUGAAGGGACGCUACAUCUUCAUCAACUCCUCGAGCCCUGCGUGGUUGAGUUUAUGCGAGGUGCAAGUCUCCACUGCUCCCCUCUUGGAAAAUGAAAUGAUCGUGGUGUACGGGGAGGCGAUGCAGUCGAGCACAGCCGGGCCUGACCACAACGCGUCCAAAGCCAUCGACGGUACAAACGGCACCAACUUCUGCAGUGGGAUGUGCAGCGCCACCAGCUACGAGUGGGAGCCCUGGUUCUGCAUCGAGCUUGACCGCGUGUACAUGGUGGAUGCCGUCAGCAUCACCAAUCGAGACGACGCAGAGGGCAUUCGUAUCUUUGGAGCGCACAUUAAAGUGGGAGAUUCGCCCAAUCACAGCGAGAAUGCAUUGUGCGCAGGCGACAUCUUCGUGACUCCGGGCCAAUCGGUGCGCUACCCGUGCCAAUCACAGUUGGGCCGAUACGUCUUCAUCGUCAUCCCUGGGAGGAUGGACUCGCUGAGUCUGUGUCAGGUUAAGCUCGACGUGAAAGCCUAUAACUUUAACGUGAAAGUGGUUUACUAGCCUCAACGUUAAUAUAAAAGUGCUUUCUGGGCGACAUCGGUACAUCAGGUGAGGAGCGCCAUGGUGGCGAGAUGUUAAUUACCUCGCCUGGCAUACAGGAGGUUGUGGGUUUAAUCCCGACCCCGAUGCCUGUAUAUUUGGAGUUUGCAUGUUAUCCCUGUGGUCACGUGGAUUUUUCUCCGGGUUCUCCUGUUUUUCCCUCCAAAUUUAGAAACAUGAUUUUAAGAGUGUAAAGGAGAGCCGACACCAAGUUGCAGGGGGUUCGUCUUUUAUUGCUUCCCCCAGUCCACACUCGUUCCCAGCCUUCUCUGUUAAUUUCCCGCUAGUUCUUCCCCUUUCCCGCCAGUUCUCUCUCUUAUAUCUCCUCGCCUGCUCCUCCCCCUUCCACUGUCCCCGCUCCACUGUCCCCCUCCUUUUGGUGGGAAUCCUUCCCCUGAAAUCCCUUACAUUCCCCCCCCCCCGAGAAAAAAACAUCCUCGGUUUUGCC